AUGCUCCAUUCAACAUUGGCUUUGUCUCUCCUGCUAAUUGCAGUCUCAUCCAACCUUGCUAUGGCAAUCAAAAAGGAAAGAAGAGCACCUCAGACAUUAUCAAGAGGUUGGGGAGAUGAAAUAACAUGGGUACAAACUUAUGAAGAAGGGCUUUAUCAAGCAAAAAAAAGUAACAAGCCACUGAUGGUCAUUCAUCAUUUGGAAGACUGUCAAUACUGCCAAGCACUGAAGAAAGCUUUUGCUGAAAAUGAAGAGAUACAAGAAAUGGCCCAAGAUAGCUUCAUUAUGCUGAAUCUCAUGCAUGAAACCACAGAUAAAAACCUGUCACCUGAUGGACAAUACGUGCCUCGAAUCAUGUUCAUAGACCCAUCUCUCACGGUGAGAGCUGAUAUCACAGGAAGAUACUCUAAUCGGCUGUACACUUAUGAACCACAAGACAUACCAUUCUUAAUAGAGAACAUGAAGAAAGCACUACGCCUCAUUCAGACAGAAUUGUAAGCAACAGUGAAAUGUUCAUAGCCUCUAGAAGGUGAAGCUGCGCCAAGAAUUCCAACAUUUUAAAGCAUUUAUUUAGCUUCUUUCUCUGCUAUCUCUUUGAACUCUUACCAACCAGGUAAACCAGAUUUCAUGAGAAAGUAUGAUUUGAAGAGGAAAUAAAGGAGGCUACCAUUACAAUUUGGGAAACAGAGAAGAAAUCUAUCAAACACUUUGAAGUGGAGUUAGCUACCUGAAUAACUGAAAGUGAUGGUUUAAGGAGCAAGCAACUUGAGCUGUAUAUUAUCAAUUGAACAGUAGCUUUAUUGUCAGCUACAACUUCCAAUCAAGAGCUAUAGCCAAUACUUGAUGUCUAUUUACAAUACAAUGAUGUAAGUUAUUAGCUACGUCUCACCUCCAAUUUUUUAUUUCAUGUAGCUUGUAAAUCUUUAGUAUGACACAAUUUUAUGUGCUUAUUUCUCAUUAAAGGAAUAUUGCUGGCAAAUCAGACGGAAGGCUUUUGCUGUAGAUUUUGGAAUACCUAAUAGAGAAAAAAAACUCAGAUCUAGGGUUUGCUUUCUUCUGUAUCACUCUUUAGUUAUUAUUCUGAUAGCUGAAAACAGAACAUACUUCUUGCUGAACAUGGGGUUUCUGUGAGGUGAUAGUCAUCAAAUAGCAACUACAGGUUUUGCCAUGAUAAAAAUGCAGUGACGCAAGAGAUGGAAGGAGAUAAUCCUGGAACUCCACACCUGAGGCUAGUCAUGCUUGUAAAGUCUGGUACAGGAAAAAUUAGUAGGCUUUUCCUAGCCCUUUUCUUUUAAAUGGCACUUUCAAAGGAUCCUUCCUUCUGUAGCUCCCAGUACAAACAUCAUAGUGGAAGCAUGGUGAGGGAAUCUGUGUAAAAAAGUUUGUAUAUGCAAAGUCUCCCAAGAUCACCAUAUGGAAGAGUAGACAUCUAUUUUAUGUAACAAGAUUGAGUCAGCGGAAAUAUUUUCCUAUGCCUAUGAUAUGCUCCUUCACUACAGCAAAGUCGUAAGUCAUCCAUCUGGAGAAAGAGCAACAAUGUGAUGUUCGGUGCGAGGCACAAGUGUCACUUAUCUCUGUUACCUGCCAUUUCCUCUGAUGUCACCUAAAUGCAUGUAUGAAAUAUGAAGGAUAAUCCUCUGCAGGACAACUAUAGUAACUUACAAUACUGAGUAUUAAUGUGUCAUAAAAGAAAUAUAUUGCACCUGUUUUCAUAGCUAUGUGAAAUUUGGAUGUAUACUCCAACAGAGGGUGAUAAAUGA